GUUCAUUCUCAACCAACCACUGGCUUUUCUUCCCCUCGACAACCACCCACCAUCAAUGCUUCCUCCUCCCGCUGUCGUUUCAGCCUGAUCAGGUUCAUUUGCCCGUAUCCCUGCUCUUAGCACCCACCAUCCUGGUCCUCUUGUUGACUUGGGUUUCUCGUCAGCAAACCUCCCAACCGCCGCCCUACGAAUGUUCACCCUUUCUCGACCACAUCCACUCCCAUACCGUUCCAAGUCGCCUGUUUUCAAUAUUUCGGCUGAAGAGACUGCGAGAUUCACGUGUCCCGCACUUGACGUUCACCGCCGUCAUUGAACAGAGUGACACCGAGCAGAGACCAAGUCAUCCCGUGCACCUCGUUUGCCGGCGUCUGCUUCCCAACCUCACUUGUCCUUCAUUGCCUCAGAUCAACUCAGAAAAUACCAUCGCACGCAUGCUGCCACUGCAUCGCCUGACCUCGGCCGGAACAACUCUUCAUUGAGCAAACGUUCAGCCGCAGCCCCUCCAUCUCCUGUCUCACCAUCAAAAAUUCUCGACAAGAAGUGUAACCGAGUCUUUCGCACUCGGUUUUAGAUGAUGGCUUCCGGCCAGGAACAUGCCUUUUACAGCGCAGGCCAGUUCAUGAACCCUGGCCCUGCUCCGCGCCCUCCUACAGACCGUCCUCGAGAUCUUCAACUGCAGCGUUCCAACACCGCGCUCCCUGUGUCCUCCUUUGAUGCCAUGAAUCUCAAUGGUCCAAGUUCACCCGCCAUCAAUACCCCAAACGCUCCCUUUUUCUCGAAUGGCAGUUCGAUAUCGCUAGCAGGGAGUGGAAAGUCCUCUUCAGCGGUCACCAUCAUCAAGGAAGGACAUGUCCGAUGUAAAGAAGACAAGUUCCUCGCGCAAUGGAACCAGAGAUACCUUAUCCUGCGCGAAUACAGACUGGAUUUUAUGAAGAGCGAGACGGGAAAAUGUAUGCAGUCUAUUCAACUAAACACCGUGACUGGAGUGACACGAUCCGAGGACACUCGAAUGGCUUUCGAGAUCACUCGAAUUGCCAAUCCCAAGGACACUGGUGGAAAAGUCAUCGUGAGUCGAGAUCUGCCCACUCGGACGAUCACUUGCGAAGUACGGAAUGACGACGAAAUCUACGAGUGGAUCGACAAAAUAUAUGAGCGAUGUCCUGGCAUGGGCGGCGUCAGUAACCCGACUAACUUCAGCCAUCGUAUCCACGUUGGCUUUGACCCUCAGACUGGUGGAUUUGUAGGUCUACCCCAAGAAUGGGAGAAGCUGCUGAAUAGUUCUGCCAUUACCCGGGAUGAUUACAAGAAGAACCCUCAGGCAGUGAUUGAGGUACUUCAAUUUGUGUCCGACCAGAAGAUGCGUGACCAGCAUCCAGAGAUGUACACUCCCGGCAUGGUAACUCCUCCAGCAACGCAACCAAAUAAGCAACUUGGCUAUCCUACUGGUGGCAAUUCGGUCGCUCCCCCGAGACCGGCACCCCCAACUGAUGCGCAACGGUACAAUGCGAACCAGUUUAUGCAUAAGUAUCAAGAUAGCCAGUCACGAUCUGGCACCCCUCCCAUAAAGCCACCACUACAGCGCUCGCAGACCGACAAAGGGGCUUAUGAUAUGGAAGCUGAUGCCGCCCGGAUCAAAGAAAUUGCAAACCAAGAACAAAAGCGACGCCAAAUGGAGGCCGAAGCCAAACGAGCUCGAGAUCAAGAACGAGAAACGGCUGAACGUGAGCGCCGAGACCAGGAAGUGUACAAUGCGUCUCUCCCGAAGACUCGUCCAACCAUUGCUCAACAAGAAAUUGGAGGUUUUGGCGGUAGUACCCAACCCAACCGACAAGAUCCCAGAUUCAACCCAGCGAGAGCUGCUCCGAGUGCUCCACAGCAAGUGUCUUCCUUGAGGCAGCAGCCAGUAGCCCAUCGACCUGCCCCUUCUGCCCCUACAACCAGCGCUUCUCAGAAAUCAAUCCCACAGUCAACAUCUGCCGGUCAGGGGUCUCUACGCACUCCUGGCAGCAGGGAGCCAGACCGACAAGCAUCACCUAGUGCGCGUUAUCAAGCCGAGCGUGAUGCUCCACGGAAAGAAGCAGUGUCUAAGCCACAAGCCAACGGGGUCAAUGCUCAAUCUCCCAGCCGAACACCAGGAUCUGUACAACAACCUAAGCCCCUGAACGUUGCGAAACAGCCGCAAGCAAAACCUGCUGCAGAUCCACGUAAGGAAGCCGAGAUUGCCCUGACAGCCAAGAAGCCCGUCGAAGAGCGUGCAAAGGAGGUUCGAAUGUCGAGCAUGAGCGAGAACGAAGUUAUGGCGAAGCUCAAGCAGGUAGUUUCUAAAGACAACCCUAACGAUUCUUACAGCAAACAGAAGAAAAUCGGUCAAGGUGCGUCUGGCUCGGUCUAUGUUGCAAGAGUACGAGAAAGUGCGACGUCAGCCGUGGCUAGAGAGCUGUACCGCACGCAUGGGCCAAAGGGCCAAGUCGCCAUUAAACAGAUGGAUUUACGAAACCAGCCUCGAAAAGAACUAAUUGUCAACGAGAUCAUCGUCAUGAAAGACUCGAAGCACCCCAACAUUGUCAAUUUCCUAGAUUCAUUCUUGCAAGAACAAAACAAUGAGUUGUGGGUGGUUAUGGAGUUUAUGGAGGGAGGCGCUCUCACCGAUAUCAUUGACAACAACCCAGUUAUCACCGAAGAUCAGAUUGCUACGAUCUGUUUCGAAACUUGCAAAGGUCUGGCUCAUCUGCAUUCUCAGGACAUUAUCCACCGAGACAUUAAGAGCGACAAUGUGUUGCUCGACCGUGUCGGUAACGUCAAAAUCACCGAUUUCGGAUUUUGUGCAAAACUUACCGAAUCCAAGAGUAAGCGUGCAACCAUGGUAGGCACACCAUACUGGAUGGCACCUGAGGUUGUCAAACAGAAGGAAUAUGGACCCAAGGUCGACAUCUGGUCCCUUGGUAUCAUGGCCAUCGAAAUGAUCGAAUCGGAACCCCCUUAUCUCAAUGAAGAGCCACUGAAAGCUCUUUUCUUAAUUGCAACUAAUGGUACCCCAAGACUCAAGAAUCCUAACAAGCUUUCACGUGAACUCAAAGCAUUCCUGAGUGUCUGUCUCUGCGUCGAUGUUAGAAGCAGGGCCAGUGCAGACGAACUACUACGGAAUGACUUUAUGCGCAUGGGUUGCAGUCUAGCGAGUCUGAGCGAACUAUUGAAAUGGAGAGAAAAAGGACGACAAUAAUUGCAAUUAGCAGGAGGAUGUGUUCAUGUCCGGCGGCACAAUGAUCUCAAGAUAAUGACGAACGACGAGGAUAUUGUUACGAAGACCUGUGCAUACUCGAAGCCGUUCCAAUUACCAACUUGGAUAUGUGAUCGAGUUGGAUUUUCAAUGGGGUGGGACAGCAUGUGUCAUAGAACAGAGAGAAGUGCUGGCCCUGUUGAAAUGAUCAACAUGUGUAGUAUUCGCGUCUCGACAGAGAUGGCGUGACUUGCGGCGAGAACAUUCCGGCGCGUGCAGCAGCAAAUACAAAACCAGGGGAUCUCGGAGAGCAGGCUUUAGAAGGAGAGAGUGGUCAGCUUUUUGUGCAAUUUCGUCUUCGAUAGAUAGGGACUUUGCACAUUACAAGCCAUGAGAGACGAAAGUGAAGAUCAGCUGGAUAACGAAAGAUGAACAAAAUGCAUUUCAGCUUGACGAUGAGCAAUUGAUGGAUUAAUGCAAUGCGAUGCGAUGUCAAAUGUCGUGUCUUAUUACAGCAUAUUAGAUGUGCUUUCGAGGGUGUUUUCUUUAUCUUCGCGAGGCCGCAGAGACAAUCACAAGGCUGAGGGCGAGUCAUGCAAGGCUGAAUGAACCGGGC